GCGCCUCUCUCCCGCCCGGCAACGCGAGUUCGGGAUUCGUGUCACACGCUGGCGAGGUCCCGAGUUAAUUAAAACUCUGCGUCCCCUUGCAGAUGGCCUUCUGGAUACUGUGAUCCGCAGCGGAGAUAACAUCCGAUGUGGCCGUACGCGCGCUGUGAUUUCUUUCUCUCCGUGUAUGCACCGGCGCAGCCCGUCUGAGUGUGAGCGUGGAGGCCGGCUGAGGAGGAAAAGGCUCUUCUGCGGGAUCCGCUCUGCACGGCGUUGAAGGGUGGCAGCUUGGUGCCUCUGAGUUUUCCUUUCCGCUCCUCGGUAGCUGAGGGAGCUGCUCUCUGACGAUGAUGAAAACUGAAGGCAAAGGGGAAAGAACUUUAAGAAGUGCUUCUCCUCACCGAAAUGCCUACAAGUCUGACUUCCACGCUAUCAAAUGCUCUUUUGAUGGAGUGAACAGUACCGAAAACAUUUCCAACAAAACGGGUUUGCAGCAGAAGCUGAGCACCUCUUCCAAUGGGGGGGGAAAUGAUCCGCACAGUCGAGGUAGAGCUGCCACUUAUGGCAAUAGAGUUCACAAGAUCAAAAGUAUGUUUCUGCAAAUGGGAGGCUCUGCUUCCACACCCUCUUGUGAAAGUAGUCCACCUGCUGAGACGAAAUUAAUCAGCCGGGCCACAGCAGCAGAACAUGGGCCUUCUCCAGGUAGCACAUCUUUCCUCAUGAUCCAAAAGAACAAUCUUCUUAAUACAAAUACUGGCCCCAGCAGCAGUCCUGUGGAUUCGUCGUCUGUGCCUUCUACUGCUGAUAAAAUCCUACGUAGCAAUGAUGAGGCAGACUUGGACAAAGUUGCCCUGGCAGAAAAGUUUUCGGAGACCAGGAAGCUGUUUGAGAGAAAUAUAAAACAACGAAGCUCUGUGGACAGAUAUUCUCCCAGCAAAUGUGAAAGAAGUGAAGAUAAGAGGAGACAUGGUUCAGCUUCUGAUUGUAGCGGUGUGGUAGACCACUUCAAUUUUAAUACAGAUGUGAGUCCUUCAGUUGCGCUGGAUAAGGUUGAAAAUCAAGGUAGUGAGCUGAAGCAGCAGCAUCCCAAUAAUGGUUCCAAAACCUCCUUCUUGAAUGCUGGGCCCAUUUCUAGGAGGCUGGAAAGCUUUCUAGGUGACAGUGAUACUGAAGAUUCCAAAGAAAUUUCCAAAAAUGAUGACCUGAAUCAGGGCUCUUUGAGAAGCCACUGCAGUUUGGAUUCAUCUACUACUGCUGAAAGAAGUCCAGAGAAGAUUGCAUCCACCAAAGUGCCUGUGAUAGACAGAGGUGGGCUGAGUGAAGUAUUUGAAAAAGACAAGAGAGAGAAAGUGGUACUGGAGAGAAGCCUACAGGAUAUGAGCAGUAUAUCCAGUCAAGAGGCAAAGUGGAGAACAGAGACUAUUUUUUCCCAGGUUUCCCCUGUUGAGGAGACUUCUGUGGAGUUGUCUGUGCAAGAUGAAACCUCAGGGCAUGGAAAAGAGGGUUUGGAUAAAGGUCAUGUUGUUAAUGAGGAUCAACCACUCAAAUAUCAAAUACAAGAAGGGAAGAGGAGCAGCUAUUCCUUGGAUGUAGUAGAAGAGUUUACAGAAAGAAACGGAACCAAUCAGGAAGAAGUGAGAGAUGGGAUGUCUGUGAAAGAUGGUCCAGUUCAGGAUGUUCUACAGCAAGAGGGGGAUACUGAAGAAGAGGAGCAAGUAGUAGAAAAGGAGAGGGACGGCUUCUGUGCUUUUGGAAUAGAAAAUGCAGCUUUUGAUGAUUAUAGGGAUACAGAGAACCAAGACCCUGAAGACAACGAAAUUUUGGAGGAAGAGGAGGAAUAUAUGUAUGACAGUGAGUACGAGGAGUUUCCUGGACUUUCUGAAGAGGAAGAUCCUGCGCCAGACCGAAAAGUCAAGUUCUCAACAGCUCCUAUCAAGGUUUUCAGUACUUACUCAAAUGAAGAUUAUGAUAGACGUAACGAAGAAGUUGACCCUGUGGCAGCCUCAGCUGAAUAUGAACUUGAGAAAAGGGUGGAAAAAAUGGAAGUAUUUCCUGUGGAAAUUGAAAAAGGUGACUGUGGUUUGGGCAUCAGUAUUAUUGGAAUGGGAGUCGGUGCUGAUCAGGGGCUGGAAAAACUGGGCAUUUUUGUAAAAACAAUAACAGAUGGUGGAGCUGCUCAGAGAGAUGGACGAAUUCAAGUAAAUGAUCAGAUUGUGGAAGUUGAUGGCAUAAGUCUAGUGGGAGUUACUCAGUUCUUUGCAGCCACUGUACUCAAAAACACCAAAGGCACAGUGAGGUUUCUGAUUGGCAGAGAGAAGCCAGGGACUCAGAGUGAAGUAGCCCGCCUCAUUAGUGAGACUUUAGAGCAGGAGAGAUGUCUGUAUGAGCAGCACUAUGCUCAUGAUGAUACAGAGCAGGAUGAUGAGUAUGAUGAUGAUGAUGAUACUUAUGAAUCACAUUUACAUGAAAAAUCUGUGGAAGUUUUUGAUCUUCCUGAAAACGAAGAUAUCAGUUUACCACUGGAUAUGGAUUCAGCACAAUCUCUUCUUAAAUUUAAAGAGCUGCAGUUAAAACAUGCAGUAACAGUUGCUGAAGUGAAUCAACUGAAGGAGAAGUUAGAAGUUGUUGAAGCAGAAAAAAAUGAAUGGAAAUUAAAUAGAGCCCAACUUCAGCAAAACUUAGAGGAAAGCAAAGAGAAAAUUAAGAAGUUGGAGACAUACUGGUUAGAAGCACAGAGUUUGUGCAAAACAGUAAAUGAGCAUCUUAAAGAAACUCAAGAACAAUGUGAUGCCCUUGAAAAGAAAUACAACAAGGCCAAGAAACUGCUCAAAGAUUACCAACAAAAAGAAAUAGAGUUUAUGAAAAAAGAGGAGGAUCAUUUAAGGGUACUUGAAGAGAGAGACCAGAAAUAUGCAGAACAGCUGAAAAUGUAUCAGGAAAAGAUUUCAGAGCUUGAAAAUAAACUAAUAGUUUAUGAGAAGAUGCCAUAUAUGUUUGGAAGUGGGAGUUUAUUGGAAGACGGUUGUCAAAAUCCAAGCCAGCAUAAUGAGCAGUCUAAGAUGAGAGAAGAGAGUGAAAAAGAAACAGAAUCAGUACAGGAAAGACUAAAUUCUUCAGAGAUGUUAAUUUCUGAUUUUGAUGCUUUUGUUGGGGAUACUCCCAGAUUAGACACCAGUGCCCACAAAGCAAAAGCUCAGCUUGCUUUGAAAGUAAAACGCCAGCCACCUUCUCGAUCAAAGCUGAAAGAAUCUCUUGGGGCUGGACAACAGACUGCAAAUAUACAGGAUGAGGAUUCAGAAGAUGCUAUUAUCAGCAGAGAAGUUUCUACUCUGUGUCUAACGAAGAUCUCAGAAAUAAGUGAAAAAUUAACUCUGCCUCAUUUGGAUGACAUAGAGCGAAAGAGUGAUAAGCCUGAACAAACACAAAGUACAGAAAGUCCUUUAGAGUCAAGUCCUUCUGCUUCCACACAUUCUUCUCCAGUACACAAACCAAAUAGUGAAAACAGCACAACCACCACUCAUUCACCUACUCCUGAAGAGAUGGCUCCAAAUUCUCCUCAAGGGUCUACCAAGAACGUUAAGCAAAGAGAAAUAAAAGGGAAAGGAAAAGAGGCCAAGGAAGAGAAAAAAAAUGAAGACAAAACAGUAGAGGCAAAUGAAGGAACAUCAUCAGGGAAGUCCAAAAGGCGAUUUCCAGAUUUUGGUGGAUUACGGAAAUCCGGAGGCAAGGGCAAGAAACAAGAGAAAGAAAGUGUAAGAGGUUCUCUGGAUAGCAGAGGUUCUCGAGAACUGUUGGAUGAUUCUGGCAACAAUCUGUCUGCAUCAGAUUCGGAUUCUCCUGUUCCCACUUGCAUGCCUUUCUCGUGGUUUGGAGACAGUCACAAAGAGCCUCAGGUUUCUAGUAGUAGUCUGCACUUUACGCAGAGUGGACAGGACAGUUGUGAACAUGGUCAAGACAAGAACAGAAGCAAGAGUAGAAUUGUCAUAGAUGAUACAUACCAUAGCAAGCCAAGUUGUGAACUUUCAGGGUUAGUGACAGAACCAAAUCUGUCAGGUCGUUCACACACUUUAACCUUCUCUUCAAAUGAGGCGUUAGAUGAUGAAUUCACAACAACAGGGAAGCAGAACCAGUGGCACAGUAGACCGAUCUCUGAAUGGACCACACAGCAAGUUUGCCACUGGCUAAUGGGAAUGAACAUGGAGCAGUACAUUACAGAGUUUACAGCUAUGAACGUAGAUGGACAGCAGUUAAUGCAACUCGACAGUGAUAAGUUAAAGGUAUGUGAAUAUCUCAGGAUAGUUUUGUAACUGUAUGAUUUUCAU